UUUUGUUCCCAAACCUAGCAAGUUGUACAAGAUAAUUUCAUUGAUUUUUUUUAUUAAUUAACAUUAUUGGCCCUAUGCCUACUUGCUGGGUUUAAAAUUUAAAAACUUUCGGGGCCAAAGAAACAAACUAUAUGGUAAUUUGCUACUGACAUUAUAAUUAUGAAACUUCUUUCAUCACAACAUGAUGCAACAUGAGAUACUUUUUAUUAUUAUUCUAUAUUUUACAUGCACAGAGCUUAAAUUUGAGCUUCAAGAAAAAAAAGCUACCCUUGAUGCAUAUUUUUCUAAGCAGCAGAAGCAAGAGGCAGUUGAAGAAAUGCUACGAACAGAUAUAUAUUUAAAAGACAAAGCAAUAGAACAUCUUGUUGAGGAAAAGUCUUUGCUAUUAGUAGAAAAAUCUCAGCUUUUGGAAGAAAUCAGGAAACUUAAAGAUGAAAAAGUGAAAAUGAUUUCAGAACACAGGUUAAAAAGACAAAUUCAAAAAUGUACCCAAAUGAAGAGAAAAUAUUGACUAAAAGGCAAGAUACUGUGGCUAUGGCUCAUUCAGCUGAUUAUGUUGGUGAGCUACAUAGGUCUAGUGACAGUGAUAAAGGUAAUGAGACACCACCUAAAGGUAUAGACCGAUACGAAUUGGCCAUACCACAACAAGAAAUGUCCAAGACACCAUUGACAAUAAUGGUGGUUGGUAAUACAGGAGUAGGAAAAUCAACACUCAUCAAUUCAAUGCUGGGUAAGGAAGUAGCCCAAGUAGCACAUGGUAUGUACCCUUGCGAACAUGAUACAAUAGAAGAACACACUGGUACUGUCUAUGGUACACCAGUGGUGUUUUAUGAUACAAGAGGUCUGGGAGACCGACGAAUAAAUAGUAAAGAGUUGAUGAAGAAGUUUAAACAGAAGCUUGAUGAAUGUGGUGAUCGGUUCACAAUCCUUAUAUGCCUGAAGUUUAUGAACAGAUUUUAUCAUUCAGUUGAGUAUUUUCUAAAUCUUCUUGCAAGACUGUUCAAAAAUAAUGGCACCAUAUGGAAAAGCUGCAUCUUAGUACUAACACAAGCCAAUGAGUUUGAUACUUAUUAUUAUGAAAGUGAUGAAGAGGAUGAAGGCGAAGAAAAUAGGAGUUACAUUAGCCCAGAAGUUCUCAAAUUAAAAAUGAAUGUAAGAAUCAAACAAUGGGCCAUGCAGUUUCAAUCAAACCUGGAAAGAUGCAAUGUGCCUGAGGAAAUAAUCAUGAAUAUGCCAGUUUGUGUCGCUGGGAAUAAGAGGCACAUCAAAUUACCUGUCACUGAUAACUGGAUAAAAGCUCUAAAUUUCCAAAGUACUCAUCGAAUGGAACGACACUCACAUGAUAUGGGAAUGUAUUAUAUCAGUCAAGCAAUUGGAGGAGCAGGUGGAGGUGUUGCAGUACCGAUUGUUGGCAUACCGAUUGGAGAUACCAUAGGCAAUCUGGUUGCAUAUAAGAUGAUCAACAGCUUAUACUGGAGGAAAAUAAGAGAUGGAGAAGAAAAGGAAUUCUAUGACAGUAAAAAAAUUGAUGAAUUAACAAAAAAACUAAAAUGACAGAAAAAUAUUUUUAUAAUCAUAAUUACUAUAAUGACUUGUGACUUAUAC